GCCUCUGGCAAGGAUUAGGCCUUCAAAGUUCGUAAUAAAUUAAAAUUGCUUUCGACUUUUCCCUGGGCAAACCUUUUCUGCAAGCCUUGAACUAGACUUGACAUGUCAACCACAUUAUUUCACUUAAGUACCAUUUUGUUGCUGGUCAACCUCUGUGAAGGAACUAUAGACACCAAUUUACUCUAAGGAACACAGGAAGGACUAUUUCUUUUUGAGUAAUGCUAUUGUUACCAACUAGACUUCUAAAUGAGCUAUCCAUCCAGCAAUGAUCAUUUUCAUUUUGGGAAGUGUAGUUUGUUUAAUCCCAUUCAGUUUGUUGCUGUUGAACAUAACUGGCAAGUAAAUGAGUAAUCAUGGAACUCGUGUCAGCCAGUCGGUCUCUUGAUCAUUUAAUACACUAGAACCAUGUGCAACAUAUGAUAUGAGAUAUAUAUUCAUCAGACGAACCAACGAACCAAAUAGGCUGAAAACCCACUUGGCCAAUUCUGAAUGAGUGACGCAUGAAUAAGAGCCGCAUUAAUCAUGGACCUCAGGCAGGGUGUUAUCAGUAUCAGCUGCGUGGCAGUUUUUGGACCUGUUUAUUUUAUGAUGCCACCCCCGUGCGUUGCCAUGUACACAGAAAAGGCCUUCCCAUUAACCUCCUCUCCAUCGAAUGCACUUUGUACCGUGCCUCUGUUUAUGGCCAAGGUAGCCUUCAAACGGGCUUUUACUCUUCUACUUGUCCCAAGGCUGAGUCCACUGUUCGUUCCACAGUUGAGAAGUACUUCAACCGAGACGCCACUGUAGCUCCUGGCUUGCUCAGGUUGCAUUUUCAUGAUUGUUUUGUUCAGGGUUGCGAUGCUUCUGUAUUGAUUUCUGGUUCUUCUGCUGAGAAGAGUGCCUUUCAGAAUUUUGGGCUCAGAGGUUUUGAGGUCGUGGAUGAUGCAAAGUUACAGUUGGAGACCGCUUGCCCUGGUGUCGUCUCUUGUGCUGAUAUUCUGGCUUUGGCUGCUCGUGAUGCUGUUGAUCUGACUGGUGGCCCGAGCUGGUCAGUGCCCCUGGGAAGAAGAGAUGGUAUGAUUUCAUCAGCUUCUGAAGCCACAAGCCUCCCUUCCCCUGCUGAUUCCGUGGCUGUCCAGAGACAGAAGUUCGCUGACAAGGGCUUGACCGACCACGAUCUUGUCACACUAGUUGGAGCACACACCAUUGGGCAGACGGAUUGCUUGUUCUUCAGGUACAGACUGUAUAACUUCACGGCCACCGGCAAUGCAGACCCAAGUAUUAACCAAGCGUUCUUGGGACAGCUGCGAGCCCUGUGCCCUCAGAAUGGGGAUGGAUCCAAACGUGUUGCCCUUGAUAAGGAUAGCAUGUCAACGUUUGAUGUCAGCUUCUUCAAGAACGUGAGGGAUGGAAAUGCAGUUCUGGAGUCUGACCAGAGGCUCUGGGAGGAUGGCAACACCCAUGACAUAGUUCGCAACUAUGCUGGCAACAUUAGAGGCCUGCUUGGCUUGAGGUUUGAUUUUGAGUUCCGGAAAUCCAUGAUCAAGAUGAGCAGCAUUGGUGUUAAGACUGGUACUCAAGGGGAGAUUAGGAAGAUCUGUUCCAAGUUUAAUUGAUCAACAUAUACACAAAUAUAUAUAUAUAUAUAUAUAUACUAAUUACAAAAAAAAAUGUUGCUUAAUUUUGCUAAUCGUUGAUGAAUGUAUCUGGUGAUGACGAAUCUAUAUGUUCCAAUCAAUAAACAUUGAUGACUAUGGAGAUGCGCAUGGUGUACAUCUUUUUGUAUAUCAUGUGCCAGGAGUCAUGCCCUGCAGUAAUGGGUUUAGCCUGCUAGCUGAUCUUGCUGUAUCUGUAUGAAAUGAAAUCAGGGAUAACGCUUCCAUGGAUUGAACUAAAUUAUUUUAUCAUGAUCGCCCUGCUAAGAGGCACCAAUGCUCAUGUGAUCACCUUUGUCUCGUGUCAGACGCUCCAUGCCCCGCUGUCUUUUGGUUCAGAUACUAAUGUUUGGAGAAUAUAUAUAUGUCUGUGCCCAAGUGCUAUUAUGCAAGAAGCCGUCCUAACCACCGCACCACCAUCAUACAUUCUACACCAAAAUAUUUCGCAUUUAUGGGUGGGGUAAGCAGAUCAUUCAACAUCGACAACUAAUAUAUGAGAUGUUGUUAUGUUCAUCAUUAGCUAGGUGGAGGAAAUUUUAAUGAACAAAUAAAUUCUCCAAAAUUCCACUGUAAUAUGAUACUCAUCUGAAGCAAUAAA